AUGGCGUCUUGCCUCCGUAGUCGACUCCGACCGGAGAGAAUCGAGGAUGGCCUGCUGCUCCGCUUGCAGAUCCCCGUCGCCAGCGUCCCCCACAUCCUCCUCCUCCGGCUCAUCCCCCUCCUCCUCAAAGUCCUCCUCGUCGUCCUCGUCAUCCUCCUCCUCUUCCUCCUCCAACUCCUCUGGAUCCACUGCGUCCGGAGGAUGCACGCGCUCCGGCCCGCGCACGUCUUCCUGGCCGCGUUCCUCCCGGCCGCCGCGGGGAUCCUGUACCUCAUGAUGCGGCCGCGCUCCGUGUACCUCGUCGACUACGCCUGCUUCCGCACCAAGCCCAGCCACCGCGUCCCGUUCGGCACGUUCCUCGAGCACGCCAAGCUGGUGACGUUCAUCGAGGGGGCCUCCAUUGACGAGCGCAGCGUCCGGUUCAUGACGCGGCUGCUGGAGCGGUCCGGGCUCGGGGAGGAGACGUGCCUGCCCCCCGCGCACCACUUCAUCCCGCCGUACCGGAACCUGGAGGCCUCGCGCGACGAAGUGGAGCUCGUCAUCUUCUCCGCCAUCGACGACCUGCUCGCCAAGACGGGCAUCCGCCCCGACGCCAUUGACUUGCUCGUCGUCAACUGCAGCCUCUUCGCGCCCAUCCCGUCCUUCACUGACAUGAUCAUCCGCAAGUACAAGAUGCGCAGCGACAUCCGCAACGUGCACCUCUCCGGGAUGGGGUGCAGCGCCGGGCUCGUCUCCGUGGGGCUGGCGCGCAACUUCCUGCAGGUGGCGCCGCGGGGCUCGCACGCGCUGGUGGUGUCCACGGAGACCAUCACGCCCAACUACUACGUCGGCAAGGAGCGCGCCAUGCUGCUGCCCAACUGCCUCUUCCGCAUGGGCGGCGCGGCGGCGCUGCUGUCCACGUCCCGCGCCAAGGCCCGCUUCCGGCUCUCCCGCGUGGUGCGCACGCUCACCGGCGCGCAGGACAACGCGUACCGGUGCGUGUACCAGGAGGAGGACGACGAGGGCCACCGGGGCAUCAACCUGAACAAGGACCUCAUGACCAUCGCCGGCGACGCGCUCAAGGCGAACAUCACGGCGAUCGGGCCGCUGGUCCUGCCCGCGUCGGAGCAGCUGCUCUUCGCGCUGUCCUUCAUCGCGCGGCGGGUGUUCAACAACAAGAGCAUCAAGCCGUACCUGCCCGACUUCCGCAUGGCGUUCGAGCACUUCUGCAUCCACGCGGGCGGGCGCGCCGUGAUCGACGAGCUGCAGAACAGCCUGGGGCUGUCGGACGAGCACGUGGAGGCGUCGCGCAUGGCGCUGCACCGGUUCGGCAACACGUCCAGCAGCUCGCUGUGGUACGAGCUGGCCUACAUCGAGGCCAAGGGGCGCAUGCGCAGGGGCGACCGCGUGUGGAUGAUCGGCUUCGGCUCCGGGUUCAAGUGCAACAGCGCGGCGUGGGAGUGCAUCGAGCCCGCGCGCGACGCGCAGGGCCCGUGGGCCGACUGCGUCAGCCGCUACCCGGUCGACAUUCCGGAGGUGCUCAAGCAUUAA